AUGAUGCAGAGGAAAGGUGCGGGCUUUCUGGCAGCUAUUCGACUUAUCAGCCCACUCUCUGCCCGGGUGGAUGGCGACCAAUCAGGUUUUGCCAUCUGCAUGGGAACACCUCCACCGCAACACCAGAGCAAGUUUACUGCCGAUGUAUGGAUAAACUCAUUGUGGGACAACAUGCAGCAGCCUUUACAUCUCCACCUGCAGCUCUUAUUUGUUUCAGCCCUUGCUGGGAGUUCCUUGUUGCAUUUUUUCACUGGGGCAACUCAACUAGCUCCAGAAUGCUUGCCAGGAGGACAUCAUGUUCUACACAAUGCCUAUCGCAGCAUCAGUUUUGAUUCUUUGGAAUUGCAGGAAACAGCUAUUCAGGACAUGGUCUGUGAUCAUUCGCUUCCACAAGGGUGGUACCGCUUCAUGAUUGAAAACAAGCCUGCAGAAAUGCCAACAAAGUGUAUAGAAAUGAACAAAUGUGGGACUCAAGCUCCAGUUUGGCUGUCGCUUGAAUCUGGCUCCCUCCCACACCCUGGUGAGAGAAAGCCACUAACAGCCUGUGCGACCUGGCAGUUCUUUUUGGGAAGCAUCAAAGACUGUUGUCUGUUCCGAAUACCUAUAUCAGUUAGACACUGUGGAGAAUUCUUUGUUUAUCUCUUGCAACCGACUCAAGGAUGUAUGGGUUACUGCGCAGAAGUUGUUGAAGAAUCACAAUUAAAUGAUUUUGGUCCUAGAGGAACUGAGCUAGAAGACAUCUUUCAAGGACAAUUCCAGAUCCCAGCGUUGCAACCAGUUGUCACCCCUGAGCUGUUGGGAGCCCAUGUCUACCUCAAAUGCACUUUCAGCAGUCCAUCUCCUUAUCAGUCUAUGGGUUACGUGGUGGUCUGGUCACGACUUUCUCCAUCAAGCAUGAAAGAACGGGUUCAUCAUGAGACAACUUUGAAGACAUUCUCCUACGUGGAGAUGGAUGGAGUUAAUUUCAGAUUAGGAGAUACGGUCUUUUGCACUGUCACAGCUUUUAGGUGGGACUCUCCUGAUCACCGGUCUUUCCCUGAAGAAAGUGAUGGAUUCUAUGCCGGGAUUAAGUUUGUGCCCGAAUCCUUACAAAUUGCCGAAGAUGGCAAGGAGCAUAUUUUGACAAUACUAAGUACCAUCCCUAUUACCUGUCUGGGCCAGGAUGACAUCUGUAAAAUUACUUUGCAGCUGAGUACCGGAGAUUCUGAUAACCUGGUAUGGAGGAGCCCAGACAUAGCACUUUCAACAUGCCAGGUGGAUCUGGAGCAUAUAUCCUGCAAGGAAGGUAGUUGUGCAAGAGCAUCACUCACUGUAAGAGCUGUGAAUGACUUUGCAGAGGAUGGAACACUCAUUAGCUAUAUCAGAGCCAAUCCAAUCCAAACAAGUGAACCAUUAUGGCAGGAUUAUAUACCAAUAGAUGUCAAGGUCACAGUUCAAGACUUCCCCACAGAGAACUGCUACUCUCUCACUGAUCCACACAUCAUCACAUUCGAUGGAAGGCGUUAUGAUAGCAACAUCGUUGGAACUUUUGUUCUGUACAAGAGCCUUCACCGUGUGUUUGAGGUGAACGUGCGUCAGUGGAACUGUGGCAGCCAUCACCUCUCCGUUGCCUGCAAUUGUGGCGUAGCUGCAUGGGAAGAUAAUGAUAUUGUUGUCCUCGACAUGUGCAACAGGCAGUUUCUGGAAACCAAACCUCAGUUGAUAAUUAAAAGCAUCAGGGCCUCGUCACAACAAAAUGUCAGAAUCAUGAAGUCCUAUGGAGGGAAAAAAAUUACUAUCUCAUUCCCUUCGGGAGCAUUUGUUCGAGCUGAUGUAAGCGACUGGGGAAUGAGUUUGACAGUGAGGGCACCGAGCAUUGAUUUUAACAGCACCAGAGGUUUAUGUGGCAUCUUUGACAGAAAUAGUCAGAAUGACUUCCACAGUGCUGAUGGGAGCCCUUUGCUUUCUCGCCUGAAUAGUAUGCCUGAGGAGGAUUUCAUAGAAGUUUGGAGAAUAGCCCCAGGGAUGAGUUUAUUUGACAAGACUCCACCAUUGCCUGAAUGGAAGGAGAGGAAUCAUUACUGUCUAUGCCAAAGGGAGCAUGCCUUAUACGUGCAGACCGUCAAUACUCUGCAUACAUUUCAGAAUUCUCCCCCACGAUCUUUGGAUUGCUAUUAUGAGAACGUGGAUUAUAUGUCCAUAAUCCCAUAUUUAGAUGCCACAUCGGAAUAUGGCACUGAUGUAGAAACUGAUUCUACUGUAUUAGCGGAUGGAAAAUCAUCAGCCCCAACUUUUGGCCAAUGGCAUUUGCUUCAGGCAACCAAAACCGGAAAUCACUAUGAUGGGCUCUUAAAUCCAAAUGGGCAGAAUAUCUCCUUAAAGAAGCCCCAAAAUGAAAGCUUUGCUGACUCCUCUAAUCAAUGGGAGGAGCUAUCAAGAGAAAAAAUGCAAGAAGGGAAUUGGGAAUACUUAUCUAUUUCUUCUUUUCAAAGCUUGGGUCAAGCUGACUUGGAAAGUUUCACAUAUUUUUUCCCAGAAGAUUAUUUUGAAGGAAAGAGGCCCAAAGUUCAGGUCACAUGGCCGACUCCAAGCGGCCUCACCUCAGCCAAAGCCUUAGCAAAUUGUCAGAAGAUGCUCAUAAACUCUGCCAUUGGCUCAGCUUGUAAGGGACUUCUUGGCACCCAGCUGGAUGUGGCCAUUGAAAUGUGCCUUUUAGAUGUACAAAUCAAAGAUGACCUUGCAUGGGGAGAAUCAAUUAUUGCAUUUCUGGAAAAUGACUGUGAAAAAAGACUGCUCGCAGAAAAUAUCACUGAGCAGUUUCGUUCACAAAGUGAGCUACCUGCUAUGCAUGAAGAAAUCAUCAGAGCACUCAGGUGUCCCAAUCUUUGUAAUGGCCAUGGACAGUGCACUAUAUGGGGAUGCCAGUGCUUUGAAGGAUACAGUUCCCAUGACUGUACAAUUGCCAAAAAGCACCCUGUGGAGAUCACAAAUCUACUCAAUGGUGGUUUCUGUGACGUACAAGUUUCUGACUGCAGUAGAAUCCAAGUGUUUGGACUUAGCUUUAGUGACUUUCCUGAACUUCACUGUGAGAUCACCAGGUUGACUUAUCACAAUGAUGAGUGGAUACCCAGAGAACGUGAAAUCACAAAAGCGAAUUUUUUGAAUCUGACUGCCAUAGAGUGCCAGAUCCCUCCUCUGAACAAUACAAGGACAGAAGCUAUUCGUUUCAUGACGGAUGUUGAACCGUACGCAAGAUGGCAAGUGAAAAUUUCUAAUAAUGGAUUCCAGUACAGUAAUUCGAAAGUUUUGACCUUGUAUGAUGGAGUCUGCCAGGAUUGCGAAUUCUAUCAAAAUGGGCUUUGUAAAUUAAAGGAAAAUGCUUGCAAUAUAGAUGGACAAUGCUAUGCCAAAGGCGAUUUGAGCCUUACCAGCUCUUGUCUUCUCUGUGAGCCUGCGAUUUCUAAAUUCACCUGGUCUGCCAAUGAAAACAACUUGCCACCUGUGUUCCAAGCUCCAUCCGGCCAGCUUCUGACAUUUGAGGGAGAGAAUUUUGUUUACCAGCUGCUAGCAUCGGAUCCUGAGAGAUCGGCUGUGCUGUUUACCUUAGAAGGUGGUCCUCCAGACGCCUCCCUCUCUCCUGCUGGUCUCCUCAUCUGGAAAGUCAGCUCUGGAGAAUUAGAGAGCUUCGAAUUCACUGUGUCUGAUGAAUGCAAUGUGCAAAGCAGGCACUCAGUUCAGGUUUCAGUUAAACCUUGUGGCUGCUUGAAUGGUGGAACAUGCAUCACCAAUGUUAACUUCCCUCCGGGAAUCGGUGAAUAUCUCUGUAUAUGUCGCAGUGGCUUUGAAGGGGAGCUUUGCCAGAACAGCCAUAAUACUUGCAAAUCAAACCCAUGUGGAAUUGGCUCUUGUAUAGAUGGAGUAGAUGGCUACAUUUGUAACUGUCCAGCAGGUUGGAAAGGGCUUACUUGUCAGGAAGACAUAAAUGAAUGUGAAGACAACCUUUGUUUUCCUGGUGCUUCUUGCACAAAUACCAUGGGAUCCUAUGCAUGUGGCAAGUGCCCUAGUGGGAUGAUGGGUGAUGGAAGAAAGUGCAAGUCUGAGGACACUGCUGACAGGAUGGAAGCUUUCAUUACUGAUCAUCGCAAUACCAGAGGUGAAUGGAAAAUGAGUGAAGGUAAACAGCUAGUGAGAACCCCCGAAGUGAAGACUUUGUCUGCAAUUAAGUAUGUUAAUGCUAGCGAGGUGCACGGUCAUGCAGCCGUUCUGCCAUCUAUUACUAACUGUGCCAACAGACCUUGCUUUCCUGGAGUGAUGUGCAUUGACCGUAAACCUCCAAGUAUUGGAUACCUCUGUGGCCGAUGUCCAGCAGGUUUCUCUGGAAAUGGACGAAUCUGCACAAGAGCAUCUAGACCAGUGUCUAGAUCUAGCCAAAAUUUGACUGAUAUACCUGCGAAAGACAUAGGAGAACUCAACGUUUCUUCAACCCAAGGUGGCAUAAAGAAAUCACAAAAGACUGAAUCUGAACACUCACACAUCCUCAUCCCAAAACCGGAAGUAAGUUUUCUUAUGGCGAGAUAUCCCAUAACAGUGGACAUUCAGCCACCAAUGAAGGAAAGGGUGGAGCCUGUGCAUCAUACAUCAGCUGUGAAGAAACUGCCUCUGGAUUUCAAACUCUCAGGCAGAUCCUUUUCAUUGAAUGAAGAAAGAAAUACCAGCCAGAGCCUCCUUCUGCACCGAAAUAGUGAAGCAGCUCACCAAGGAGCAGCCCAACCCUUUUCAGACUAUAAGCUGUAUCUCCAGUCACAUAUCACAAGGAACAUCUCCACUCGACAAGAAACAAAUUCCAGGCUAUCAGCUGCAAGGCUGCCUGCUGUUCAACAGACACAUGCCUCAUUUGAUAUGUUGUCUUCUAGAAAACCAUCUCUUGGAAUUUCAUCUACACAGGCUAAAUCUGCCCGUAGUUUUAAGGCAGAGCACCCAAGGACAUCUGUUCCAACAACACCAUUGCCUUUCCAUCGAAAAGCUCCCUUUUCUGGUAUAGCCCCACUAAGCACCAGCUGGCCAGACGAGAGUUCUGCACAAUCAAGGCUUCCAGGGUGGGCAGCUUUGCGGAGAAAGCCUUAUGCCUCUGCAGUAAACCAUUUGACACUUUCCAAAGCCAUUAAUAUAGCACGGCUUAACAAGAAAGUCUCCUGUGCAGAUAUGCCGUGUUUCAAUGCAGUGCAAUGUGAGCCAACAAAGGACGGGGAAUUUAAAUGUGGAUCCUGCCCUUCAGGAUACAGUGGUGAUGGAAUUCAAUGCCAUGCAUUUUGUGAUCCACCAUGUGAGAAUGGAGGAACAUGCAUCACUCAAAAUAUCUGUUCAUGUGUUUAUGGAUUUGUUGGUCCUAGAUGUGAAACAUUGGUGUGUAAUAGGCAUUGUCACAAUGGGGGGAAAUGUGUGGCGCCAGAUGAAUGUGAAUGCAAACCGGGAUGGAGCAGUCCUUUGUGCGAGACAGCUGUUUGUAAUCCUGUUUGUCUAAAUGGCGGGACCUGCAUCCGGCCAAAUACAUGCGCUUGUCCAUAUGGCUUCUUUGGACCUCAAUGUCAAUCUGCUUUUUGCAAUCCUCCUUGUAAGAACAACGGAAAAUGUAUGAGAAACAAUCUGUGCUCCUGUAUGGAAGGUUAUGUUGGAAGAAGAUGUCAGAAAAGUGUCUGUGAUCCAAUGUGUAUGAAUGGAGGGAGAUGCAUCAGCCCUGACGUUUGCGACUGCCCAUCUGGCUGGAAAGGAAAGCAUUGCAGUAAAUCUGUUUGUCUUCCCAGCUGCUUGAAUGGAGGUGAAUGUAUCGGACCUAAUGUCUGCCAAUGCCCAGGAGGAUGGGGGGGACUCCUAUGUCAGAUUCCCCUUUGCGAGCCUCAGUGCCAGUUCGGGGGCCGAUGUAGCAAGCCAAAUGUUUGUACCUGUAGAAGUGGAUACAGUGGUUCAAACUGCGGAAAGAAGCUCCAUAUAGGAUGAAGAAAACAGAAGGACAAUGAAGACAUUCAUUCUGAUGCCGAGAUGCUAAGGCUUUUUCUUUUCUUUUAAGGUUGGCUGACAAUGCACUGUAAAGGGACUGCUAAAUUUCUCCCUCCUGCCUCCAAUCACAGCAAGCAUUAAGUCAUGUUGAGAAUUUACUGAUUCCAGGGCAUACGCCCACAGCUUUAGCUAGUUGCUGGUGUCACAUUAGGUGACACCACCCUCAAUCUCACUUUUUUUUUUUUUUUUUGGCAGCAUAAUGCCAUUACCUCAGCCACUCACUGGCUGCAAGUGCCAAAUUCAACAGUGACUUGCAGAGUGCUGAAAAAAGAUUGUUGCCGUUGGCUAACUUCAUGUU